AUGAGUCUAUUGAAGUCAUCUCUGUCACUAUUACGAUCGCAAAUUUCAACGUUCUUGAGAAAGCCCCAUCAACUACUGUCGCCAGAGCGCGUUAAUUCUUACCCAGUCGCAGAAGAGCCGGGCUAUUACCAAACUGGUGGUUUCCACCCAAUUCGUUUGGGUGAUACUUUCCAUCAUGGCCAAUACACCAUCCUGAGGAAACUGGGAUAUGGGCAAUACUCCACAGUCUGGCUAGCUAGGGACUAUAAACACGAGAGAUAUGUAGCACUUAAGGUGCUGAGGUCUGAUUGUUAUGAUGGCCGCCAUGACAUCUUCGAGAGAGAAAGUCUCUCGAAAAUUUCGGAAGUGUCAAAGCAAAGUCCUCAUCAAGGCCGCAACUACGUGUCUCAUCUUCUUGAGCAAUUCACGCACACAGGACCCAAUGGAGACCAUGUUUGCUUAGCAUUCGACGUACUAGGGCAUCACCUAGACUUUCAAUCCGCCAAAUAUGAAGAUGGGAAAUUACCUGUAAAGGCUGUAAAAGUCAUCGUACGGCAGCUUCUUUUUGGGCUUGACUUCCUCCACCGCGAGUGUGGAAUCGUUCACACCGGUAUAGCAAAUCCUUGUAUCGGCCGUUUGUUGCACUGCUGA